AGGGCCGUCCAUGAGCUCCUGCAGGUACCCAGUCGGCGGAUGGAGGUGCAGUCCUUCUUCUCCUCCUUGUUCCUGGCCCUGCUGUUCCAGAUCUCCUUUUUUGUGCUUGAAGGGGGCGCUGAAAUAAGCCAGGAUCAGCAACACAUAGCUGAAUGGGUGGACCCGAUAAGUUCUACCGUGGAGGCCCUGAAGACCUUGAUGCAAAGUUGUGGUUAUGGGGACCAUGUGUCUUCUAUUCAGAGACAUGGGGGCUGGGGGCUGCUCGUCAAUCCUGAAAGACACUAUGAUGGAGUCACUCUUCUGGCCAGGUCCCUGGUCGUCAAUAACUGUUGGCACAACCGCCCGCUCUUCGGCUCCAUCAUCAAGUUCCUCCAGGACCCAGACUGCAAGAAUCACUUGACAGCCCUUGUGCUCCUGACAGAGCUGCUCCAGUGCCCCGAUGUGGCAGCCGUAGUGGAUGACAUCACCAUCCGCAUUCUUGCAAACUGGUUCAGGAGUGAGGAGCCAGCCACGGUGAAGCUGUUGCUGCAGAUGCUGGAGGUCUUCGUGAAGCACGGAAACAUGGUCAGACGGCUCCGCAUCCUCCAGCCCUACGUGCUGAACUGCUGCUACUCCUCGAACGGUGACAUCGUGCUGGAGACUCUGCGGGUGCUGAAGACUCUCCUGAGCCACCUCACCUGGCAGCACUCGUCCUCCUUCCUUAUCCAGCUCACCUUCACGCUGGCGCCCUUCUUUGAGGAGGUGUCAGAGCAUCUGCGGUUGGCAGCCUUUGAGAUCUAUGGGAGUGUCUUGGCCAAGGUCAAGAAGCGGAGCCUUGUCUUUCCCUUGAAGCAUCAGAUCCUCAACUUGCUAGUCGCCCUAGUGCUCCACCUGCAGGACGUGAAUUCCGACGUGGCUCUGAUCUGCCGGUCUGCCCUCUGCCACACAGCUGCUGUGCUGGGCUGGUCAAAGCUGAAAGCAGUAUUUGCAGAGAAAGAUGUGUGGAACAUUCUCGGAGCCCUGCUGGAGCAGGAGACGGACAAAGCCCUCUGGUUUCUGAAGCAGUGUGUGGUGCGCUUCAGCAGCCCCCAGGUUCCCGUCCGCCGGGCAGCUGUGUGGUUUGCAGGUAUGGCUUUUCAUCUUCUGGGAGCCACUUUGUCCUUGUCGUAGGGUCCCUUAAGCAGACUGAGCACCCAGGACAUGAGG